AUGGAAGGUUCAGGAAGUUCCUUCUUUCCCCCUGCAGGCCGCAACCACCACCACCAACAACCCGCAAGCUCCGGUGGUUUGAAUCUCUCGGGCGCAGCGAACCCUGCCGGACACGGCGGAGCUCCGGCCAACUCAGACCAGGAUCAGCAGCAGCAGCAGCCCGCGCAGCGCUCGGUGAUGAGAGAACAGGACCAGUACAUGCCGAUCGCAAACGUUAUCAGAAUCAUGCGUCGGGUCCUUCCGUCGCAUGCUAAGAUCUCCGACGAAGCCAAAGAGACGGUCCAGGAGUGUGUCUCCGAGUACAUAAGCUUCAUCACCAGCGAGGCCAACCAGCGUUGCCGGCAGGAGCAGCGCAAGACGGUGACGGCGGACGACGUGCUUUGGGCUAUGGAGAAGCUGGGCUUCGACGACUACGUCGGGCCUCUCUCACUCUACCUCCAUCGUUACCGUAAUGGUGGCGGUGGUUCCGGUAGUUCCAGUGGCCACUAUGUCCCACGGGGACAGCAAGUGCAGGCUUCGGAGCUCGCACCAAUAAUGCCGCCACCACAGCCGCCAUCGUACUAUUACGGGUCGGGUUAUAAUUAUCCAGUGGGAGCGAAUCAGAUGGGGCCAUCGGGUUCUGGUAGCUCAAGCAACGGUGGUGUUCCGCCGGCGUAUUAUGAUCCAUUUGCUCACCUGAGGAGUGACCGUUUCUGA